GGAUGCAGACACGAGUUGAGUUUGUGUCAAACGCAUUCUCGGGUAAUCGAGUGGGUUGGGCCUGUACCUGAAAGCAUUCUCCGUAAAUGAGGUCUCUUCCUGGAGUGAGGCACAUUAAAAGCGCAAGUUAGCGAGAGAAACACGUGCGUGCGGUGGAUGACGUUCUCGGGAAAGCGCCACAGAAACACAUUUCAGCAGCAUGAGCCAGUGGAAACAAAUUCAGCAGCUGGAGAUGAGGCUCCUGGAGCAUGUGGAUUAUCUAUAUGACGAUAACUUCCCCAUGGACAUCCGACAGGUACUGGCCAGUUGGAUCGAGUCACAAGAUUGGGAAACAGCUGUUAAUGACGACACAGUGGCUGUAGUGUUGUUUACCAACCUGCUGUCCCAGCUGGAGAAGGUGCGCAUACAGGAGCAGAACUUUCUACAAAAACACAAUAUGAAAAUAAUUCAGCAGCAGCUGCAGCUGAAAUACUCAACCAACCCCACAGUAAUGGCAAGAGUUAUAUCCACCUGUCUCCGGGAAGAGCGGCGUAUUCUCUCCAGUGCCUGCACACAGGAACAGGGCCCGCUGGAGAGGUCAAUACAGAAUUCUGUGGCUUUUGAGAGGCAGAAGAACAUGGACAACAGACUUGGGGUCAUCAGAGGAAGUGUGCAGUUGAUGGACCAGGCUGUGAAAUAUAUUGAGGACAUGCAGGACGACUUUGAUUUCCGCUACAAGACGCUCCAGUCAAGAGAGUCAACAGACAGGAACUCUGAUAUGAUGAAAGAGGAAGUAACAAGACUGCAAGAAAUGCUUAACAGGCUUGACUUCAAGCGGAAGGAGAUAGUUUCCAAGAUGGAUGUGGUGAUCAAAGAGAUUGAUGACCUGAUGACCUCCCAGCUCAGUCCUGAGCUCCAUGACUGGAAGCGGAGGCAGCAGAUUGCGGCUAUUGGCGGUCCCUUACUUACUGGCCUGGACCAGCUGCAGAGUUGGUUUACCCUGACAGUGCAGAGCCUCUUCCAGAUCAAGCGUCAGCUGGACAAACUGGGGGAACUGGUUGUGAAGGUUACUUAUGAAAGUGAUCCAAUUCCACUGCAAAAACCUCAGCUGGAGGAACGAGUGAAGUAUCUCAUCUACCAUCUCAUCAAGAGCUCAUUUGUAGUGGAGAAACAGCCUUGCAUGCCAACACAUCCGCAAAGACCCCUCAUCAUCAAAACCGGAGUACAAUUCACUACUAAAGUCAGACUCCUGGUAAAACUUCCAGAGGUGGAUUAUCAGCUGAAAGUGAAAACAACAUUUGACAAGGAUCUCCCCCCUGGCAGAGUAAGUCGUCAGUUUUUUAUCCUGACCAACAAUACUAAAGUGAUGGACAUUGAGGACUAUUCAAAUGGCUGUCUCUCUGUGGAGUUCAGACAUCUGCAGCUGAAAGAAAAGAAAUACAUCAAUGGCACAAAGGGGAAUGAGGGCCUACUCUCUGUGACAGAAGAACUUCACUCCCUCAGUUUUGAAGCUUGCUUCACUGUGCAGGGUCUCACCAUUGAUCUGGAGACAUGUUCCCUUCCAUUAGUGGUGAUUUCUAAUGUGAGCCAGCUGCCUGGGGGCUGGGCAUCUGUAAUGUGGUAUAACCUCCUGACUAAUGAGCCAAGGAACUUGGCAUUCUUUGGUAACCCACUUCGGGCCAACUGGAGCCAACUCUCUGAGGUCCUCAGCUGGCAGUUCUCUACCUUUGCUGGGCGAGGCCUUAACAAAGAACAACUUGCAAUGCUGGUGGAAAAGCUUUUGGGUCAGCAUGCCUCGUGUGGUGACUAUCAAGUCUCCUGGUCCAGAUUUGCCAAGGAGAAUAUUCCAGGGAAGCCCUUCAGUUUUUGGAUGUGGCUGGACUCAAUCCUGGAUCUUAUCAAGAAGCAUCUCCUGCCAGUGUGGAAUGAGAACUACAUCAUGGGCUUUGUGAGCAAGGAGAUGGAGCGUGCUUUGCUGAAGGACAGAGAGCCCGGCACUUUUCUCUUGCGCUUUAGCGAGAGUCACCUCGGGGGAAUAACGUUCACCUGGGUAGAACACAGUGAAAAUGGUGAUGUAAAGUUUAACUCUGUGGAGCCAUAUACUAAAAACCGCCUUAGUGCUCUUCCAUUUGCUGACAUUAUACGAGACUACAAAGUCAUUUCAGACGGAGUUGUCCCUGAAAACCCACUCAAGUUCCUCUACCCCGACAUUCCCAAAGACGAGGCCUUUGGGCGGCUCUACAACAGUCAGCCAAGCAAAGGCAAGAUCAUAAAACUUUUUGCACCCAUACAUACCCUCAACCCUCAUCCCCAUCUCACAACUACGACUCCUAAUAUGUAUGAGCUCUCCCUUUUUACUAUUUCCAGUCCUAAAGCAAGCACCACUUCAUCAUCAUGUCAGUCUCCAGAGCCUCCAAUGACUCCUGGGGAGUUUGACAUGCUUAAUGAGCACCUAUGCUUUGAUAUCGACACCAUGAGCUCUCCGUAUUCAGAGUAAAGAAAGAUGAAGUAUGCAACAUUUUAAUCAACAAACCUCUCAAUUUGACGCCAUUCCAAUUUCUGCUCAAAUCAGCAUUUUGAUUACCAUGUGACUGUUAGUCUCGUAUAAAUAUGUUUUGUCGUUUUUAUUUUUUAUUUUUUCAUUUUCAUACUUUUACAAUUAAACCAUUUCCAAUCCUGUUUCCAGAAUUCGUUAUUGUGAUUGCAUCAGUUUCAAACUUAUUUUUUUCAUUUCAAUCAGUUGUUUACCUUAACACAAAUGUCAACAGCUAAUUCACUCCAGCGAAUGAGAAGGUACCCUCGCUUUGCCUUCAGGUGCUGACUGUUGUUUGUGAAUAUGCACCUAAUAACAGUUCAUAUUAUCCAACCUUUUUGGAGUCCUUAGAGAGUGUGCUGUAGAGCGACCCCUCCCGGGGACCCUGAGCGGUGUUUUGUCGAUGGACUUUUGUGCUCGUGAUCGACUGUGCUCCACAAAUAGUUGUUUACAGUGGGGACAAAUCACACUCUUAAGCCUCCUUGGGAAGGUCUGUUCAUAGGUUCUGGAAAGGAGGCUCUAUAUCCUCAGCAGGCUCCUGGAGGGUAUAUUGGAGUUCACUCAACCAGUCUACUUUUGUUUUGUGG